GGCUACCGAUACGGCGAAGAAAGGGCAACACAAACACCCCUACAACUGGCCGCCAGCUCCGGCCGAGUGGACAUUAUCCGACUAUUACUGUCGUACGGCGCCGACCCCUACCUCAACACCGCACUCAUGGAUUACUCGGGCGCCCACUGUUCCGCCUCCCGGGGCUGUCCGUCAGCCAUAGCUGUGGCCGCAAUGCACGGCCAACAACUGGCACUACGAGCCCUUCUGGCUCAGCCCACCUACGGUUGCCAUAACAACAGCAAUGGUUCCGCGGGUCGGGAUGUGCUGUCAUUGGAGGAGAUGUUGGCCGAGACUCGCACCGGAAGUGUGGACACCCGGCGACGACCGCGCAUACAAGUAGUGGCAGCCAAUCAAAGCCAGUGUAGCGUUAAUAUGGAUUUAAGCGCCUGUUCUGUGACUUCUGGCUCCGGGGGCUCUCAUGAGGGUAAUAGUAGUAAUGGUAGUAAUGGUAGCGCUGGUGGUAGUAAAGUGAUCCAAUUGACCAAGUCUAAGCUCAGGGCACUUCAGGAGGCAAUGUAUCACUCGGCAGAAACCGGCUGUUUGGAGAUUACUCUGGAUUUGAGAAAUAUUGGCAUCCCAUGGACAAUGCAUACAUGGAUGGCAACAGUAGGCACAGCACACGGCAUGCGUUUGGACGCAAUUACCGAUCAAUUAUUACAAGACUUUUCCCACCUCUGGUCCGACGACUGUACCGUACAAUUCAUCGACGAGUGUCUGCCCUUAUUGUUCACAAUAUUCCGACACCAAAAGCACAACUCUGGCACCACAACCCUAUUAUUGGCCGAUAUUAUGAGCACGUGUUACGGCCGUAACGAGACAUUCCGGAGCCGUCCGUUAAGCGCCAGUUAUGGGCCGGACGUUAGGGUCGGCGCCCGUAUUGACGCCAAAUACGUUAAUAAUAAGGAUAUGUCUGACUGUGUGUUCAAAGUGGAGAAUCGGCUAUUUUACGCACACAAAAUCAUCCUGGUCAACGCCAGCAAACGCUUUCAUAAUAUGCUAUCCUUGUGUGGGUCAGCACCGGGUGGUGUCGAUGGACUGACCAGUGGUGUGAAUGCCGGGUCCCAACAGUCUGUGCACAAUAGCCCCACGCAUUCGGCGAUUGUUAUUAACGAUAUCCGUUUUGAUAUAUUUCAGACUGUAUAU